GCAUGCAAGUCUUGUAACAGACCACCCAAAAAGCAUGGCCUCCCCAAUCCCUCAAAUUCACUUCCAAAAACCUCAAAACCCUUCUGAAAACAGCGCACAGACGAAACAAGCAGCCAAUAUGGAGAAACUGAAAGGAGCGGUGAUGAAACUUUUGAACAAUCAAGCAAACACGCCUUUAUCAGAAACUCACAAAGCCCGUGUCGAAGAACGCUUAACUCAAUUCUUGUCCCCUCUUCACUCACCUGAUCAUCCGCCUUAUGCGUGGAUGAUAGAGAGGGCGCUUCAAGAAUUAAAUGAAAGAGGAGGCUCUACAGAGGAAUCGGUAUCAAAGUUUAUUAGAAAGGAAUAUGAUGAUUUACCAUGGGCUCAUCAUACAAUGCUGAAACAUCAUCUUGUACAGCUUUGUGAAAGUGGCUGUAUAGUUCUAACUCAAGACAAGCGAUACUUGCUUGCUAGUGGAAAUUUAGAUCUGAAAGUAAAAAGAAAAAGCAGGAGGAAGUGGAUGAAGAGAAAACGUGGGUGGAAUUGGGAGAAGAAGCGAAGCAAGCGGAGUAAAAAAGUAACUGGGAAGGCUAAUGGUGUUGAAUAUCUUUGUGACCAACAAAAAGAUCGGGGAACUCCAAUUGAAGUGAAUGAGGAAGAGAAGCCUGUGGAUGAAGGAAUUAAAGAGCAGGAACCCAGAGGUGAUGUUGACAAGUUGCUUUUAAGCCAACGAGAAGAUCAAGUAAUAUCAAAGGAAGUAGUAGAGCAAGUACUCAUGGUUGAAAGAGUUGAACAGCAGAAUUCAAAUGGCAAUGACAUUGACUUGCUCUUUUGCCAACCAAAAGAUCAAGGAACUUCAAAUCAACUACAUGAAGGGAGAGAUUGCAUGAUGCAGGGAAUUGGACAGCAGAAGCUAGAAGCUCAGUUUAGUAAAGAUGCAGAGAAAUUAUGUGUUGCUGAAGAAAAAGGUAUUGAUUGUAACUCAGAUGCUCCUCCCACUGUGACUCCUAGCUUUCCGAUUACAGAUGGAAAGGAGAGCCCCGAAUUAAUCACUGUCCAGCAACAGAGUAGUGAACCUAUGUUGGGAAUAACUGACAUUUGUAGCCAGAAUGCACAGCUGGAGAUAGGGGGGAAACAUCUUGAAGAUAAUUAUACAGAACUCUCAUCUCCAGAGAGGCCACCCGGUUUUGAGUAUGUGAUUUUGGAGGAAGUAUCCCCUGUUCAGCCUUGGACCACAGUUUCUUCUGAAUUAACAAUUCACCAAGAGCAGCUCAACCAACAUGAUGAACAUGAUAUUUUGGGUAAUGUGGAAGCAUCAGGGCCUGACUCAGCUGUUGUUGAAGAGUCAAUUCCAACUGAGCGGAUGGAAAGGCAGAAGAAGCGUUGGAGCAAAAGGCUAGCUGGAGAAAAAGCUUCCUUGAUAUCAGAUAUCUUGCCUCAUCCAAAUUUACUGGAUAAAUGCCCUCCAAAAUCAGAACUUGCUCGUCAGGAUAAGGCGCAUGGAAAACAGAUGAAGUGCUAUAGCAGAAGGCUAUCUGGAGAUAAAGCUUCUUCGAUGCCAGAUAUCUUACCUUUUCCAGAGUUGCAGGAUGACAAUCCUCCAAAGUUGCAACUUUCUGAUCAUUGUAGUGCUUAUGGAAAACAUCACACAUCAUUGGAGUCAACUCUGACUACAGAGGUGCAACGAAAGCAAUGUAGUCAGCUGCAAAAAGCUGCCAAUGAUUCAUCAAAAAUUUUGCAGCAGCCGGAUUCAGAAACAUUGAGCAAGCUCCCAUGUUUAGGUGACUAUCCUGCUGAACCGAAAUGCCAGGCAGAACCUUCAAAGCACAAGAGAAAGAAUCAAGUUGUGCAAGGAACUGAAAUACCUAGAGUUCUGCGGCCUCGGCCUCUUAAACCUGAACCUCAAUUAUCUAAUGUCAUAACUGAAGACAGUUUCUCAUCACAGCUUGAUCAGCAGGAAAGGCAAACACCAGAAUCUCAAUGCCCUAGUACGAAAGUCACAAAUGAGUUGACAAUGUCAGUUGAUCAGGAUGAACAAGACCUGUUUCCAGCAGGAGCCAAAUGUGAACCAUCUCAAGGUGCAAAGCAAGAAAAGUUGUCGCCAAAGCAUCAUUGCAAAAUCAAGCAGCAAAUAGGACUUCGACGUCGAGGGCGACCUCCAAAAUCUAGGUGUGGUGCAAAAGCUAAAUCUGGUACGUUGGUUCCAGAGGACGUGACACCUGAUGAUGAUCAAAACCAGCAGCACAAUGAGCAUCUCACACAGCCGCCAACAGAAAAGUUAGAUCUGGCUAUAGAUCCUCAUUUGGAGCAGCAAUUGGAGAAACCAAGAUAUAGAGGUCGUGGAAGGCCUCCUAAAUGCAAACGAGGUGCUAGUUCCGUCAAGAAAUCCGACUUGCAACAGCGCAAAACAACCAAAUACCUAGGUCGUGGAAGACCUAGGAAGACAGAUUUAUUAGAAUGAAAGCAACUGACAACUAAAAUAAUUAAAUUAUUCAGGUAGGAUAUAUCCUGGCUUGUGCAUUGGAGGAUUAUUGAUGCUAGAUGUCUUUGUUUGCGUUCUUGGUUUUGCAUGUUAUUAACUUGAUAUUAAUAGUAAUAGGUUGUGUUAGUGGUAUAUUCAUCCCAAACUUUGGUUUUCCUCUUUGAUUUUAGUGAAAAACAGGAGGCGAAGGAUCAUCUUUAGUCUUA